GUAACAUAACCACAAAUCAUUCGCAUAAAAGCAGUCAGACAGAAGAGAAGCAUAAAACAGUGAGAUUUUGUUCAGUUUCUGUGAAGAUUUUCUUGGAAUUUUCUUAAGGAGUGCAAACAAAGAUGAGUGAAGCCGUCAACGACAUCAACAGUACGUUGGUUGUGGAGGAAUUUAAGGUGGAACCAGUGGUGGAGGAAGAUGUUCCAGCGUUGCCUACUAAGCAUCGGCAACAACCAAUGAAACCGAUGAGCAUGAUUCCGUCGGAAGAGGUCAAAACUGAACCAAUUUACGUGAGCGAUGAUAGUUCUGACGACCAACCAGAAUUGAAGAAAGAACUCCCAAGUCCCACGAGAUUGCUAAAGUUUUCCUGCCAAAUCUGCGAGAGAGUAUUUCAUCAAGUUGGUGAUUUGGUGCAACACGUGAGAUUCUGCAAAGGACCCAAUACCAUUGGUGAGGAGGAUGUUAAAUCCGAAGAAGAUGAGUCCUCAGAUGAGCUUGCAAAUGCGGAAGAUCUUUAUGAGGAUGUUGAGUUUGUGGAAUCUUUUGAUCAAGAUGGAGGAGAGAGUACAAAAUCCUUGUCUUGUCGACUCUGUGGGAAUAUCUACAAGAAUAAGGAUGAUUUGGAUGAGCACUACGAGGAUUGUGUAAAACACGAAGGGACGCCGGAGUUUUUCUGCAUAAUCUGUGGGAAUAGAUUCCAUGAGGAGGCAACACUGCAGAAGCACUAUGAUGCGUGCAAGAAGGACAGGGAAGCAAAUCCAGCAGAUGAGGAGGAAGAGGAGGAGGAUGAGGAGUCCGAAUCUGUUUGUAUUGGAAGUGAUAAACGCUACACGUGUGAUAAAUGUGGUGAUAUCUUCAAGAGGAAUCACAUGCUGCAGAAUCACAAGAAGGAGUGCGGAAAGCAGCCGAAGGAGGAUGAUGAUUUGAAGGUGUCAGAUGCAGAAGUUGAGGAGGCUGUUGAUGAGAUUAAGGAUGAAUGGAAAUGUAGGUUUUGUGGCAAGGCGUUCAGGGAUAAGUGGAAUCUAAGGUCUCAUAUGCCCGUCCACACGAAUGAGCGUCCAUUUCCUUGUAGUCACUGUGGGAAUAAAUUCAAAUAUAAGUCCGAUAUGCUUAAGCACUACUACAAGUGCCAGAACAUAAAGGAAAUGCCGACAUUUCAAUGCUCAAAAUGUAAUAAUAAAUACCACACUAAGGAAACGCUGGACAGGCAUUUCAGGAACUGCAACAGGAGCUUUGUGAGCAAAUUCACAAUCACAGAUGAUGGUGAUAGCAUCAACAGUGACCCCGAGGAUGAAGAUUACUUUGUUGUAACAGAAGAUGGGAGUCGUGUAGUAAACCACAAAUGCCCCAUUUGCUCCAAGAUCAUCAAAUACAAGAAGAAUGUCCCGCAGCAUAUGAUGCUUCAUGGUGCCACAAGGCCAUUCAAGUGCCACAUCUGCGGGAAUCGCUACAAACGUCGUGACACGUGCAAUUCGCACGUGAAAACCUGCGCAACGAUGAAGAGUCUACCCAAGUACAAGUGCGAGAUGUGUGAGAAUAAAUUCCAAACAGAGAAGCUCCUGAACUUUCACAUACGUAUUUGUGGAUUUAAAGCUGUUGAUGCGCAGGAGUUGACGAAGAAGGAUCGCAAGAGGCAGUUGGGCACGCAUAGAUGCCUCAUAUGCCAUAAGAUGAUGCAUAAGAAUUCCCUGACGAAGCAUAUGCUCAUCCAUAGUUCCUACAAACCAUUUGCAUGCAGCAAAUGUGGAAAUACCUACAGGCGGAAGGAUGCACUGGAGUACCAUAAGAAUAUCUGCCAGAAUAUUACAAAAACUCCGAAAUUUAUAUGCAAAAUUUGUGGAAAUAAGUAUCACAGUGAGAAGGCUCUGAAUACGCAUGUGGGUUACUGUAAGGGUGUAGUAAAAGCUGAAAGUGGUGCCAAUGAGGAGGAGCCUGAACUCCACAAUUGCCCAAUUUGUCCGAGACGAUUCAGAUUCAAGAGGAACCUAAUGGAACACAUACCAACACACGACUCCGAGCGUCCCUACAAGUGCAACAAAUGCGGAAAUCAGUAUAAACGUCGAGACACCCACGCAUCGCACGUCAAGAUGUGCCUAAGGCAGAAGAAGGAGCCUCAAUUCCCAUGCGAUAUAUGUGGAAAUCGAUUCUACAUGGAGAAGGUCUUUAAACGGCACUACAACGUCUGCAAGCAGGAAGCUAAAGAUCCCACCGCUGCCACCACCGAUGAGGCAAAAGAAAGACUUCACAGGUGUCCAAUUUGCUUCAAGGUGAUCGGAUGUAAAAAUUCCGUUUUACUGCAUUUGCGCACCCACAGCCCCGAUAAACCAUUCAAGUGUGACAAAUGUGGUAAUGCGUACAGCGGCAAGGAGAAUUUGGUAUCUCACGUGAGGAUCUGCGAGGAGAAGCAGGGUACACCCAAGUUCUUCUGUGAAAUAUGCGGGAAUCGCUUUUACUGUUCAAAGACACUAAGCGCACACAAAGGUGGUUGCGUUUCGACCGCUCGCAAAUUGAAUUUAAAACGUCCGCAACGCGAAGCUUCCGCUGGACCUCAACUACUCACCUACGAAUGCCACGUUUGCCACCAAAAGUUCAAUUUGAAAAAGGAAAUGGAAGCCCACAUGUUCAUCCAUGAGGAUGCAAUGCCCUACAAAUGCAACAAGUGCGGGAAUCAAUACAGACGCCGUGAUUAUCUCAUCACUCACAGGAGAACAUGCCUACAGAUGAGCAGCGAUCCAGAGUAUCGUUGUGGAUUUUGUAGCAAUAGAUUCUACAAGGAGAUAUUCUGGAAGAGGCAUGAGAGGCAAUGCAAAGUGAAUCCUGGAAAACCAUUGAUGGAAACUUACGAAUGCCACAUUUGCAACAAAGUUUUCAGAUAUAACUCCGAUCUCCAGCGUCAUAUAGACACCCACAACACCACAAGAUCGUAUGGGUGUAAGAAAUGUGGUAACAAAUAUAGAACCCUAAAAACUCUGGAUUUUCAUGAGAAGGUGUGUGAGAAACAUAAUGGUUUGCCCAGAUUUACCUGCAAUAUUUGUGGCAAUAAAUUCUAUGAUUUGAGGGUGCUGAAGGGACACAAACAUAAAUGCAAAUUGGAAGCUGGAUUGUUCCAUGAAGGAUCAAUUAAGUCUGAACCACAGGAUGAUGAUACAAUGGAUUUUUCUGUGAAGGAAGACGUCAAUGAUACUUUGAAGGAAGACGUCGAAGAUGCAACAGAGGAAGCUUUGGAAGAUGACGCUACAAUGGAUGAUGCAACAAUGGAUGAGACAUUUGGUGAAACAGUGCAGUACACAAUUGAAGAGGUGGACGAAGAACCAAAGCACAAAUGUUCCAUUUGCCCAAAAGAAUUCAUGGACGAAACCUACUUGGCUAAACAUAUGAAAUUUCACGAAUCCCCCGAAACGUGCACGUGUGAAAAAUGUGGGAAUCUAUACAGGAAGCACGAAACACUGCAACGCCAUCAAAAAGUUUGCAUGAGCAUGAAGAAUAUGCCUGAGUAUUCGUGCGAAAUGUGUUGCAAUAAAUUCUACUGGAAGGAAAAUCUCCUCAAACACACGUAUAAGUGCAGCAUGGAAGUUAUGAAUGAUGAAGGAUGGUUUAUCCCGGAAAUAAAGACUGAAGGGAUUACGGAGGAAGAGCUCACAUGCUCAAUUUGCUUCAUAAAAACCAAAUACAGAUCCGAAUUGAAGCGACACAUGCUAACCCACAGCAACAUUAAGCCGUACAAAUGUGCCAAGUGCGGUAAUAUGUACAAAUGGAAGGAUGUCCUGCGGCGUCAUAUGAAAGUCUGCAUGAAAACCGCUGGGAAGCCAAAGUAUGUUUGUGACUUAUGUGGAAAUAAAUUUCACAAGCAGCAUAUUUACACGAGGCACCUACAGAUAUGCAAGAAGCAAGCCUCUAAGAAGGAAGACGUGAUGAUUCCGGUAAAGAAGGAAGACUCCAAGGAGGCACUCCACAAAUGCCCAUCGUGUUCCAUGGUAUUCAAGGAGAAGUGGAUCAUGAAGAGACACAUGCGGAUGCACAGCACCGUCAAACCGUACGAGUGUACUAAAUGUGGGAAUAAGUACAGAAGACACGACGCUUUGGUUUAUCAUUCCCAGACGUGCCUUGAGAAUAAGACUCAACCCACUCAUGCCUGUGAGAAAUGUGGCAAUAAGUAUUACAGCAUAAUAGCUUUGAACACCCACAUGAAUUUCUGCUCGUCCAAAGUCACACCGGCAGGAAAAUCAGGCAGUGCAGGUCUGGAUUAUGAGGAAAAAGGCGAAGGACUUCUCCGAUGUCCUAUUUGUUUGAAAGUUCAAAUUUACAAAUCCGAAUUGGAACGACACAUGCUCACGCAUUCGUCCGUAAAGUCCUUCAAGUGUGUCAAAUGUGGGAAUAAGUACAAGCGCAAAAAUGCUCUGCUUCGUCAUGUGAGGUUGUGCUUGGAAAUGGAAGGACAACCAAUGUAUGCCUGUGAAUCCUGCGGGAAUAAAUUCCAAUGGGAGAAAGCUCUGCAGAAGCACAUACAUAAGUGCCGGUACGAUAUUUCCGUUAAAGACGAUCCACCUGUCAUUGCGAAAGAUGAUAAAGUUGAAAUUAACCAAUGCUCCAUUUGCUUCAAGAAGUUCAAAGAUAAAUUCAUCCUCAGGAGACAUCUGCUUGUUCAUUCAACCGUGAUGCCCUUCCAGUGCACCACAUGUGGCAAUAAGUUCAGACGCAAUGAUUCUUUGGUGCAUCAUCAAGCAAUUUGUGCAUCAAUGAAAACUAAACCAAAAUACAUUUGCACCGGUUGUGGAAAUAAGUAUCACAGCAAAAUUGCUCUCAACACGCACACAACUUCCUGCAAUUUGAACCCACUUGGUAAACGAAGAUCCCCCAGCUAUGAUUCGCACGACGAGAAGGAGGUGGAGUUGCAUAAAUGUCCAGAUUGUCCGAAGGAAUUCAUCUACAAAUCAGUCUUGGAGCGUCAUAUGCUCACCCACACCGCCAUCAAGUCUUAUGAAUGCGCCAAAUGUGGGAAUAAGUACAAACGGAAGGAGACACUGUAUCAUCAUGUGAAGAAUUGCGUGAAAGUGAAGGGGGAACCGAAGUAUCCUUGCCUCAUAUGUGGCAAUAAAUUCUACCUCGCCAGUGUGUUGAAGAAGCAUGUGCAUAAAUGUGAAAUUGAGGCUAAAUUCUUUGGAAAAUUGGAGGCGAAUGAGGGAAAGGUUGACAUUCACAAAUGCCCCAUUUGCUCCAAGGUUGUCAAGGAUAAAUUCAUCCUGCGCAGACAUAUGGUAAUCCACAGCAAACUGAUGCCAUACAAAUGCAAUAAAUGUGGCAAUAAGUUUAAGCGCAAUGAUAGCCUUUUUGAACAUCAACGAACAUGCACAGCCAUUAAGGUUAAGCCCCAGUAUAUGUGUGAUGGAUGUGGAAAUAAGUAUCACAGCAAUAUUUCCCUGCACACCCACAUGAACUUCUGCCGCUCAUCUGCUACAUCAAAUACCCAAAAGCAACAAUCCGCUUCUGAAGAAGAGAGAGAAUCAGAUGCAUUCAAAUGUGCCAAAUGCGGGAAUACAUACGGGCAGAAAGAGUCACUACAUCGACAUGUGGAGAUAUGCUCCAAGAAGAAGCAUGAUCCGACAUUCCUCUGCGGUUCGUGUGGGAAUAAGUUCUACAGCGAGAAGGAAUGUAAUGGUCAUUUGGCCAUUUGCAAGUUUGUAAAUGAAAUGUUUUCCGGAUCAUCAAGUAGCAGCGGUGAUGCUAAUGUGGUUAACUACGAAUGCAGCAUUUGCUCCAAAGUCAUAAAGUACAAGAGGAAUGUGGCAGAGCAUAUGAUGUCCCACACUGGUCCAUUGCUUCAAUGCUUAAAAUGCGGGAAUUCGUAUCAGCAUGAGAGGUCACUCAGUGAUCACAAGAAGAUAUGCUUGGCAAUGAAGAGUGAGCCAAAAGUUGCGUGCGGAACGUGUGGAAAUAAAUUCUACAAAGUCUCAUCCCUAAGGAGUCACAGGGCGACAUGCAGGAACGACCAUAGUGGAAUAGAUCACAUCAUAAUGAACGUCGUUCAUCCGGAUGGGAGCACAGAGGACGUGUUCAAAUGCACCGUGUGUGAAAUGGAAUUCAAAAAGCCGCGAUAUUUGAGGCAACACAUGUCCGUGCAUAAGGUUGAAAGGCCAUUUGUUUGCACGAAAUGCGGGAACAAGUACAAGCGACAGAGUGGCUUGAGCCAUCAUAUGGAGCUAUGCAAACGCAUGACAACUGAACCAAAGUAUGUUUGUGAAAAUUGUGGAAAUAAGUACCACAAGCCCGUCACGCUGGAGAUGCACAUUGGCUUCUGUCGCUAUACAUCGGCUAGAAAUUCUCAGAAACCUGCAGGAUCAAUGUCGGCAUCGGAAUUGGAAGUGAGUCGCCUGAUAAACCUCAUUAAUGUGAAUGUUGCAGCUGCAAAUGGGGAUUCGUCGGUAUUGGGUGAAGCAGAAGUACACAAAUGCGCCAUUUGUUUUAAAAUCUUCAAGGAGAAGAGAUACCUGAAGCGUCACAUGGUCUGCCAUCAGGAGAAGAGACCGACAUUCAAGUGCGAUAAAUGCGGCAAUGAAUACAUGCGAAGUGAUAGCUACAAAGUACACGUUACCUAUUGCCAUCAAAUAUCUACAGAUCCGCAAUUUCUGUGUGGAAUUUGCGGCAAUAAAUUCUACAAGGAAAUUCACCUCAAGAGUCACUUGAUGAAAUGCAAAGCUUUCAUGGAAAACAUCCCCAGUGAAUCAACUGAAUCUGAAACGGAGAGCUCGGCAAAAGGCGAAGGGGGUGAAGCACUCUUCAAAUGCACCAAAUGUGGUGUUGGGCAGAAAUCAAAGAAGUUGCUGGAGUUCCACAUGAAGAUGUGCAAGAUGGCAGACAAGCCCAAAUAUGCUUGUAUAAUUUGUGGAAGGAGAUUCCACAUGCGUCUUACGCUGGAGAAGCAUAAGCCAUUGUGUCAAUUACAAAAUCAUGCACAUCAGAGUAAAGUUGCAAAUCAAAAUACUCUCAAAAUUGUUGUACCCACUGAGAGUGUCAUCAUUGAAGAGGAGAAGCCUCUUCAUCUUGUUGAUAUUGAUUAUGGAAAUGAAGGUGUUAGUCAAGCGUCUAUGCAUCACAGCAUCGUGAAUGAGGGUGAUCAGAACUCAAAGUUGAAGGAUUUAUCAAGUGUAAGCGGUGUAAGCAACAGCACAGCAGUCACAGUGAAGGAAGAACCAAUGGAGUAUGCAAAUGAAGUAUUCACAAUUACUGAGCUUCCAGAGGAGGUCACGAGCAAAGAGCAACAACCCAUUGAACCAAUUCCACAGCUCGUUCCUAUUAGCAGUGGGAGCACAACUGUUGUUCCACGCAUAACGAGUGUGACGUCAUUGGAACAAACCCCGAAGUACAUAAUCAAUGUUUCCAAUGAGAAUAACUCAUACAAGAUCAACAUUGUCCCAGCAACGAGCAGCACGUCUUCAACGCCGCAGCAACAAUCAUCUUCAACGGCGCAGCAACAACCACCUCCGAGUGCUCCAAUCCCGUCAACAUCCAAGGGAGGAAGCAGCAGUGAUGAGGUGUUUUGUAUUGAUGAUGAUGAUCCAAUAGUACCAGGUCAAGUGGCACAGAAUGAAUAUCGUGCCCUCAAUAGACCAUCAACUUCCCAGAAAGGUGGAAAUUCGAAUUCACUUUAUGACGUGAUUGAUGUUGAAGACGAAAUUGAUCGUCAUCGCGUGUUCAAUGCACUACCAACACGUGAAUCGAGCAUUGCACCGCCAAAACUAAUUCCAUACGUUCAAUGCAGUAAAUGCAGGAAGAAGUAUUCAAAUAUGCCAGAUUUGCAUGAACAUCAACGCAUCUGUUUGACAACGCAGACAAUUUUUCAGUGCCCAACGUGUGGGAAGAGAUACCCAACAAUUAUUCUCUAUAGACAGCAUGAAAAAGUCUGCAUGAAGGUUUACGAGAAGCCCGUUCCAUUGGCUUGUAGGAUGCCUCCGGGUACAUCCACCGCACAGAUAGUUGAAGUACCCGCCAUGUACAAAUGCCACAUCUGCGUACGAGAUUUCCGUGAGAAGAGUCACCUGGAUCAGCAUAUACAGAUGGUGCACAUCAAUGUUGAUCGUUCAUAUGAAUGCACAAAAUGCGGCAAUAAGUACAGAUGGAGGAAUACACUGACAAGCCAUGAGAAGGUGUGUCAUCCAGCGGGUGGAAUGCCGGAGUUUAAGUGCAAAACCUGCAACAAUCGCUUCUACAGCAUUCACAACUACCGUGGGCACGAGGAGGUUUGCAGGCGCGUCAACACAAUGAAUGAAGAUGGGAGACGGCGCUUGCCGAGAAAUAAACCGGAUCCUGAAUUCUUCCAAUGUAAACUCUGCUUCAAGGUGUUCAGGCUGAGGAUCUCCUAUUUGAAUCACAUGCACAUGCACAAUGAUGAGAGGAAGGCCCACAAGUGUCAGUUGUGUGGUAAAAAAUUCGCACAGGAGAAGGAAUACGAUGAGCACUACAGGAUGUGCAAGGCGAAGGUACCAUGUGGAACGUGUGGCACACGGUUCACCUUCCAAUUGGAUCUAAUUGAGCACAUGAAGACCUGCGGGAAGCCCCAAAGGACACCUGCCCUAGUGGAUCUAACAGAGCAGCCAGGUGAUGGAGGAGGUGAAGCUGAAACGGAGCACUAUCAGAUUGUGGAGAUAAUGUACAUGGACAAGGAGAAAGGAGAGGGAGGAGAUGCAGCUGACAACUAUGAGCUUGUGAUGAAGGAUACAGUUUAAAUUAAAAAAUUAGCCAUUUAGAAUAAAACUCGUUAGAGGAGGUGGAAAUUAACAAGGAUUGAGCUUCUUUUGGGAUCAUUUUGUUAAGUUAGUUUUCCAUUUAAAUAUUAUGAAUUAAAAUUAAAUGUUCUUGAAAUAUAUAUGAUUUAAUUUUUACUUA